GUGGCCGGCCGGGCUUUUGACAGAGAAGGACACUGCUUCCCAGAGAAGGAAGAGACCAGCUCAAAGACACACUGCCCAGAGGGUCAUCCCUGGGAUUCUGAGAUUCCUGGGGCCAACUGAGCAACUCCAUGUAAAGGUUAAUCACUUUAAGAUGAGAAAAGUUGAUCUCUGUUUGAGCUCUGAAGGGGCUGAAGUGAUUUUAGCUACAUCAAGUGAUGAAAAACACCCCCCUGAAAAUAUCAUUGAUGGGAAUCCAGCUACAUUUUGGACCACCACAGGAAUGUUUCCUCAGGAGUUCAUUCUUUGUUUUCACAGACAUGUAAGGAUUGAGAGACUUGUAAUCCAAAGUUACUUUGUGCAGACCUUGAGAAUUGAAAAGAGCACGUCUCAAGAACCAGUUGAUUUUGAGCACUGGGUUGAAAGAGAUCUUGUACAUACAGAGGGGCAGCUUCAAAAUGAAGAAAUUAUCGCACGUGAUGGCCACGCCACUUACCUGAGAUUCGUUAUUGUGUCAGCCUUUGAUCAUUUUGCAUCUGUGCAUAGUGUUUCUGCAGAGGGAAUAGCAGUCUCAAAUCUUUCGUAUUGAUUCUGAGAAAGUGUUCUUACAUGAUUUUUAACAAUAUAUUUAUUUAAAUAUGAAGCUGUCAUUGAAAUACUUUAUUAAAGGGAUUUAUAUCAGUCUGUU